ACUCCUCACACACCACCACAGCAACGUGCACACCAGCUUCGUCUUCGACAACGACAGGCCGGCUCAUAGUUCGAUUUGCACCUCACUGAUCUCGAUAUCGCCUCCGGCAAUGCAGUCCAUGGGCGGCGGGCGCAGGAAGCCGGCGUAUCCACCGCUGCUGCUCCGCUUCGUCCUCGCCGUCGUCGUGCUGAGCGCGGCGGCGCCGCGCUGCGCGGCGUUCAUCAACCCGCGCAUGCUGUUCCUGGUGAAGCCGGACCCGAUCGUGCUGCGGGACCACGGCGGCGCGCUGCUCACGGGGAACCUCACCGUCAACCUGCUUUUCUACGGCCGCUUCACCCCGGCGCAGCGCGCGGUCGUGGCGGACUUCGUCCGGUCCCUCUCGGCGCCCGCGCCCGCGCCCGCGCCCGCGGCGCCGCCGUCCGUGGCGUCGUGGUGGCGGACCACCUCGCUGUACCGCGGCGGCGGCGCGCGGGUGGCGCUCGGCCGGCAGAUCCUGGACGAGCGCAUGUCGCUGGGCCGGGGCCCGCUCUCGCCGGGCGACGUGGCGGCGCUGGCGCGCGCCGCGGGGCACCACCGGGGCGCCGUCACGGCGGUGCUCACGGCCGCCGACGUCGCCGUGGCGCCCUUCUGCGUGUCGCGGUGCGGCGCCCACGGGCGCGGCCGCGGCGGCGCGCACGGCAGGGCGCGGUACGCGUACCUGUGGGCGGGGGACCCGGCGCGGCAGUGCCCCGGCCAGUGCGCGUGGCCGUUCCACCAGCCGCCGCACGGGCCCCAGGCCCCGCCGCUCGUGCCGCCCAACGGCGACGUCGGCGCCGACGGCAUGGUCAUCAGCCUCGCCGCGCUCCUCGCCGGCACGGUCACCAACCCCUACGGCGACGGGUACUACCAGGGCGACGACGCGGGCGCCGGGCUGGAGGCCGCCACGGCGUGCGCCGGGGUCUUCGGGAGCGGGGCCUACCCCGGCUACCCCGGGAAGCUGCUCACGGACCCGGCCACCGGCGCGAGCUACAACGCCGUCGGGCUGGGCGGGAGGAAGUACCUGCUCCCGGCGUUGUGGGACCCGACGACCUCGCAGUGCAAGACACUUGUCUAGCUAGACUAGACGUGGCCGGAGGGAGACGGCCAAAUGCUCUCUGCAUGAGGGAGGAAAAAUAAAUGCCUCAUUUAUUUCCAUUCCUUCUGUUCAGUGUUCACUUCCUUGCUGCAUUUAGUACUUGUAGUUUGCUCUUCGAGGAGCAGAUUGUAUGUAUGAUGAUGCGUUUGUAGGAUGCCUGUGCUUGGAUUUGCAUGUUAUGCUUAAACGUGGAGUAAUGCGCUCUCGAUCUA